UCGCCGCCGCGUGGGAACUAUGGACGGCUCUGAUCGGCAGCUAGGGGUGAGUUAUUGGCUCUGGCGGCGUAUAUAACAGGGACGACUGCUCCAGGAGCGGACAUCUUAGAUCGCUCCAACAUGAGGCCCGUAUCGGUUGCGCUGCUGCUGACGUUCGCCAUAGCUGCGGUGCUCGCCGAGGAGUACGGGACGGCAGAGGGCAGAACGCUGCUGGGAGGUGGAGGGUACUGGGGCGGCAGCAACCCCAGGGGCGGCGCUGGGGGCGGCUGGGGAGGCUCCUGGCCUGCCGGGGGCGGCGGAGGCGGCAGCGGUGGCUACAGGGGCCCCGGCAAGUAUGGCGGUGGCGGCGGCGGCGGAGGCAGCGGCUACGGAAGCGGCGGACGGUGGGGCAGCCCCGGCCACAGGGUGCAGUACCAAAGCGGACACGCCAAGUGAAGCAGGCGGC